AAAUUAUCCUCUAAAGAGGUGUCUAGUGCCAAGCUAAGAGAAAUACCACUAGAGGAGACUAUUCAUAAAGUCCUUUAUAGUGAGCUUAAACUAAUUUUCCCCCUACAUUUUUUCCAAGAUUCUGGUCUCAUUGCGUCCAAACAGAUAGUGGCUCCUACGGAGGCAAAGAUAGUAUCUCAAAAUGAUGUAUCAUCAUCUUCAAAAGAUUCGGAUGAGUCCA